UCUUCUUUCCUUUCUAAAUCGGAGUCCAUAUUGAAAGAAUACAAUCCUGUCGAAGGAGUGAAAUGAGUCUUCUUUAGAUUCUCCUUUUAUUUUUGAACUUAUUUCGUCAACAUUUCUCGCUUAAAGGUUAUCGCGUCCUGCUUCUCUUCAAGGGUGGUUAAAUCCCACACCUCUUUAAAAUUCACUAAGUAUCCAGACGUCGAUCAGCUUCUCAAGAAGAAGAAGUUCGAAUUCUCCUUUAAUAUUGAUUCAGAACCAAGCUAACGCUUGCUAAGCAUUGUAUUUUACGGUUAGGAUUUAAGCCCCCUGCGUGAUCUUUGAAGAUGAAGCAGAAAAUGACUGGAAUGGACUCUGAAAUUGAAAUUGUGGAUGACAAUGUUUCCUAUAGGGAACUAAUCAUGGAGAAGGUUAAUUCUCCACAAAGAGAGGAUUCUGAUGACGCCUUCUAUAUYGUAGACUUGGCAGAUGUGAUCCUCAAGCAUAAGAAAUGGGCUCAGUUGUUGCCCAGAGUUGAGCCUUUUUAUGCUAUGAAAUGCAAUGAUGAUCCUAUGAUCCUGAAAUUGAUGGUAGGCCUUGGUUUGGGUUUUGACUGUGCUAGCARGAGUGAAAUCCAAACUAUGUUGGGACUGGGGGUACCACCCUCCAAGAUUGUUUAUGCAAACCCAUGCAAGCAGGCAUCUCACUUCAGCUUGGAAUCAAGUAUGGAGCUCCCCUGAAACAGUGCCGUCACCUUCUUAAAGUUGCACAAGACCUUGGGCUGAAUGUGGUUGGAGUGAGUUUUCAUGUUGGCAGUGGUUGUUAUGAUGCUAGUGCUUAUGCUACAGCAGUACUUUCGGCACGCAGUGUUUUUGAUUUUGCUGGCCAGUUUGGAUUCCAGUUCAACUUGUUGGACAUUGGAGGAGGUUUCCCAGGAACCCCAGAUUCAGCCAUCACCUUUGAAGAUGUCUGCAACACCCUCAACCCCUUGUUGGAUGAACAUUUCCCACCUAGUUCUGGAGUGAAGAUCAUUGGUGAACCUGGACGUUACUACAGUGCAUCAGCAUUGACCCUGGCUGUUAAUGUUUUUGCUAAGCGUGUGGUGCCUCACAGCCAAUUCCAAGAAGGAGAAAAAGCAAAAACAGUCAGCAUGGUCUCCAAGAAAGAUGAGCAGUUGGGGUACAUGUACUAYGUCAAUGAUGGAGUGUAUGGGUCAUUCAAUUGCUUGGUAUUUGACCAUGCUAUUGUUGUACCAAAGACCUUGAUUGAAACUGAUGGCAAUGCUCUGUACCCCUCUAGCAUCUGGGGACCAACCUGUGACUCCUUGGAUUGCAUCACUAAGAAUGUGGCCCUGCCUAAGGUUGAGGUUGGUGACUGGUUGUACUUUGAGAACAUGGGAGCCUACACUUCUUCAUCAGCCUCCACCUUCAAUGGGUUUAACAAACCAUUCAAGUACUACACUGUCAAUCAGCAGUACUGGUCUUUGCUGAAGCAAGUGAUGGAACCAUUCACUAACAAUGGGAAAUCCUCUUGUCACAAGGCAUUGGAGGAAUUCAAAGCUCUCUCAGUCAACCCAGAGCCUUUCAGUGUGAUCUCUGCUAUGUAACUGUGUACUACAUGCUGCACAAGUUUUAAACAUAACCAAAGCUUUCCAGUUAUUUGAGUGUUCAUUGAUUGUUAGGAAUUUUUUUAUUGACUAUUAUUUAGAACUUAUCACGGAGGGAUGAUUUUUUUCCCUGGUGCAAAAGGUGUCUGAUUGAGGCAUGAAAUCAGUCACGUCUAAAGCAUUGAUUUGAUUCUUUGAUCUGCCUUUCAAAUACUAUUUUCUCAUUUAAUGAUUUUUUUUAGCAGUUAAUUAAUAUACACUAUUGAAAUUAAGAUUGCAGUUAAGGUAUUCUACCACUGCUUAUUGGCAUGAUUUAACAAGUAAGGAGCAUGUUGAUGGAAAUGAGUAGAAAAUAAAAUGAGUUUGUCGAUGUCUUA